CAUCAUUUCUUCAGGACCGUCGUUCAAACUAAUCGAAAUUUAACAUUUAAGUUGCAGUGAGAAGUUAAGUUGUACCCCGAUACGAGGAAUUUCAACACAUCCGCACAAGAUGGUAAAGGCAAAAAAGUUCAUACUCGCCAAAUAUUUUGUGAACGCACCGAAGACGACGGAUUUUAAAUUAGUGGAGGAAGAAUUACCACCUCUGCAAGAUGGAGAAUAUCUCGUGCAAGCCGAGUACAUUGCUAUAGAUCCGUACGUUAGAGUGUUUUCGCCUAAAUGUCCACUUGAAAGCACAAUAAUUAGUUCUCAGGUUGCUAAAAUCGUGGAAUCCAAGAAUCCAGAAUAUCCGGUUGGCAAAAGAAUCGUUGGAUAUCUAGGCUGGAGAACGCAUACAGUUGUCAAGCCAGAAACGAGCCAGAAUCUCGCGAUACAUGAUACAUAUAUUUUACCGGACAUUGGCGAUCUGCCACCAUCUCUUACCUUGGGCAUGCUGGGAACGUCAGGCAAUACAGCUUAUUUCGGCUUGACGGAAAUAUGCAAAGCGAAACCCGGUGAAACCAUCGUCAUCAGCGGUGCCGCCGGAGGGGUCGGUUCUCACGUGGGUCAGAUCGCGAAAAUCAUGGGGCUCACCGUCAUCGGCAUAUGCGGCUCCGACGAGAAGUGCAAAUGGCUAACCGACAAGUUGGGCUUCGACUUUGCCAUCAAUUACAAGACCAUGCCGAUUGCGGAGAGUCUACGUAAAGCUGCUCCGCAAGGCGUCGAUUGCUACUUUGACAAU